AUGGAUUUCAAGCGGUUCAUACAUCCGUCUUUUACUCUUGAUGACACCAGCUUCUUGCGAGAGGUGGCGAUAAGAUCACUCUUGGUAAUAGGGUUAGCAUGGUUUACCAAGAUCUUAUACAAUAUUUACCUGCAUCCGCUGGCUAGGUAUCCUGGACCUAGGCUAUACGCCGCCUCAUCCUUGCCCUUGACAAUCGCCCAGCUGCGUGGCAGAUUGCAUCUUUUUGUUCAGGCCGCGCACGAAAAUUACGGUCCCAUCGUGCGCCUGAGACCAUCGGAGCUCUCGUACACGUCGGCUGCGGCCUGGAAUGACAUCUACGCUCGACGCGGCGGCAAGGCGCCUUUGCCCCGAGACCGGAUCUUCUUCAACGACAUGCUGGUCGACCCGGGAACCAUAACCAUGGCUGAUGACACCAACCACGGGCGCCUACGACGGUCCCUAUCUCCCGCAUUUUCGCAGAAGGCGCUACUAGAGCAGGAGGCGAUCAUACAGGGCAAUGUUGACCUAAUGAUGGACCAGCUGCAGCAUCGUGCGCAAAAGGGAUUACCAUCUGAUCUGCGAGCGUGGCACAACUACGCAACCUUUGAUCUGAUUGGUGAUCUGGCGUUUGGUGACACGUUUGGGUGCCUCAAGACCUCGCAAUUCCACGAGUGGGUGAAGAUGGUGCUCGAUUACUUCUACGUGGCUACUCUGCUGCAAGUUGUUCAUCGAUUCCGGCCGCUGAACACACUACUAGCGAUGAUGCUCCCAGCCUCGCUGGUAGAGGAGAAGGAGAAACACACACGCAUGGCCCUGGAGAAAGUGCGUUCCCGAAUGUCCACUACUGUGGAUCGAUCGGACUUCAUUCACUACAUGCAGAAGGCCGUGGAGAUGGGUAGUAUCUCCAAUACUGAGCUCGAAAACCAGGCCAGUAUCAUUAUAUUGGCCGGGAGCGAGACGACCUCGAUCGGCCUGACGUAUGCCUCAUACUUCUUGAUCACCCACAAGGAUGCCAUGCGCAAAUUGCGUGCCGAAUUGACUCAGCAUUUUAAGAACGAGCGGGACAUCACCAUUAUUUCGGUCAACCAACUCGAAUACCUGCAGGCUGUGCUGCAGGAGACUCUACGCCUUCGUCCUCCGAUUACCAACGGCUUUCCUCGUCAGACUCCCAAAGAGGGUGCGAUAAUUGAUGGCCAAUUUGUUCCCGAAGGGACGGUUGUGAACAUUAAUCAUUGGGCCGCGUACCAAUCCAAGGCCAACUUCCUUUACCCAGAUGAAUUCCGACCUGAACGAUGGUUGGGGGAUAAACAAUUUGACGGUGACAACAAGGACAGCUUCCAGCCGUUCUCCGUAGGCCCCCGAAACUGCAUCGGCAAGAAGUUUGCUUACGAUAGUAUGAAACUAAUUCUGGCCCGCUUGCUGUGGCGGUUCGACCUGGCGCUGGACGAAGAGGUAGGAAAGAAGGGAGGCUGGAUCUCUAACCAUGACUCGUUUGUCUCGUGGCAUGUGCCUCCUCUAAAUGUAUCCUUGAAACCAUUGAAGUAG